CCAUCGCCGCACCCCAGCCGCACCACCGAGCCGCGCUCUUCUCUCCUCGACCCACCCCCGCGCGCGUCACCCUCCUCUCUCCUUCUUUCUCAACCGAGCCGCGACCGCACCACCAAUCGUUCUUCAUGCCCAGAUUCGACCAAUUGAACCAUAUAUAUAUAAAUGUGGGUUUGAGCACAAAAUUGUCUUCUUUGCUCUCCUUUCUCAACACCUCUGUGCUAGUGUACUACCCCGUUAAGACCCCUCAAAUUCCUUCAAUUUGAUGUGUCGGAGCAAUAAGGAAUUGGGGUACCUUUAAGACCCCUCUCUCCCUCCUUCACUCUAUUUCAAGCUUGUGUAAACAGUUAAAAAAAAAAAAAAAAAAAAAACAGGAUCAGUUUUAAGUCUUAAUGCAAGAUUAUAGAUCGACGCUUUUGGGGUGCGGCGGUGGCGGCUGGAGGUGCGGCUGGAGGGGUAGUGGUGGCUGGUGGGUAGUUGUGAGGGAGGUAAGAGGUGUUUGGUUUUUUUUUUUUUUAUUUAUUGGAAAGUUAACGGAGGAUUAGGGUAGGGUUACAUCGUAGACACUAAAGGUACCUUGGGGGUACAGUGUAGAAUUUUGAAAAUGGGUGGGCACUGGUUGGAAAAGUCAAUACCUCAGGGGCACUAUAUACUUAUUUAGUGCUAAAAAAGCUAAUUUCAAAAAGCAAUUUACCUAGAAAACAAAGUUAACUUUUUAAAAUGGUCAAACCUCUAAUAGUGUUUAAUAAGCUAAAAGCUUUUUAAGUAACUCUUUACCAAACAAGGCCAUUAUACCGCUACAUGUCAAAUUCACAUCAAGCGGCUUUGUUGCCUACAUAAACACUUUCAAAUCGCAGCAUAAAAAAAGAAUGCUCCUUCAAUAAGGUCAUUAGGCAAAUGCUCACUUACACGAAUUCAUGAUCAAGUCAACAUGUUUCAAAAGAUGAACUUAUUGAAAUUAGAAAGUCUCCUCUUCUUAAGCUCCAUUGACCAACAUCACUAUCCAAUAGAUUCAAGCCACGUAUAACAAUUUACGUUAUAAGUCUUAUAACCAACAUGAAUCACCUAAAAUACCCCUAUCAUUCUCCCAAUUUACCCCAUGGCCCAAUCACCUCCAAUGGCUCAAAAUCUUCAAAUCUCAAAGCUCGUUCUUCUCAAAACACUCUCUCUCCUCUUCUUAAGAUCUCCAACAUUCUCACUCGAAAUAAAUAAUAAACUUAUUAAUCAUUUUUUUCUUGAAAAUAUUUUAUAUUUUAAUUCGGAAAAUUUGUGGACGGAAACCUUAAACCGCCCGAAAGAGGAGAAGAAGAGGUGCAAGGCAAGGAUUCUAAGCGUAAUAAAACUUAACCCAAUUUAAGCAAUUUUGAGGGAUUUUGAUUUGAUGCCAAAUAAUCCAAUUGGGUUUUCUGGGGUUGUUAUAAUUAUCAAUUCAAAUGAUGGGUUCUUGAUUUCAAUUUGAUACAACCCGACCCGACCCACCUGGGAUCUUACAGCAUCUGGGUUACAUUUGAAUCAAGAACAAUGGUGAAGAUUUGGAGUUGGGUUUUGCUUAUUUCGAUUCUUUUAUCGGUUUUUGCAAUUGGGUCUUCUUCAAUUGAUGAUUUCCAUCAAGCGUUUCCCAUUGUAGAACCUGAUCCUGGUCAUACAAAAUUACGCCUUUCAAUGGAGGGAUUGGAGGCCAUUAAGAGAAUAACAACACCAAUUUCCGCUGUUGCUGUGAUUGGACCCUAUAGAUCUGGCAAAUCUUUUCUACUUAAUCAGCUCCUGUCACUUUCUUGUAAUGAAGGUUUUGGGGUUGGACACAUGCGAGAUACUAAAACCAAAGGAAUAUGGGUGUGGGGAAUGCCGGUGGAAAUGAUGGUUGAUGGUGUCAAGACAUCUGUACUCUACCUUGAUACAGAGGGAUUUGAAAGCAUUGGUAAAUCAAAUGUUUAUGAUGACCGGAUUUUUGCUCUGGCUACUGUAAUGAGUUCUGUACUUAUCUAUAACUUGCCUGAGACGGUGCGUGAAGCAGAUAUAUCACGACUUUCUUUUGCUGUUGAGCUUGCUGAAGAAUUUUAUGGAAGAGUAAAGGGUGAAGAUGUAGCUUUUGAACCUGCUAAGCUUCUAUGGCUAAUACAACGUGAUUUCCUACAAGGGAAAUCUGUUCAAGAAAUGGUAAAUGAAGCUCUUAGGCGUAUCCCCAAUCAAAAUGAUGACAAAGAUAUUGAGCAGGUUAACCAGAUCCGUGAAUCAUUGGGUGUUAUGGGUGACAGCAGCACAGCUUUCAGCUUACCACAGCCUCAUCUACAGAGAACAAGACUCUGUGAUAUGAAUGACACUGAACUUGAUCCUGGCUAUGUGAAAAAGAGGGACCAGAUGAAGGAGCUUGUUGCUUCUAUUGUUCGACCAAAAAUUGUGCAGGGUAAAAUGCUAAAUGGGAAGGAGUUUGUUUCUUUUUUGGAACAGAUUAUUGAAGCUUUGAACAAAGGAGAAAUCCCUUCCACUGGAUCUCUUGUUGAGGUUUUUAAUAAGAAAAUUGUUGAGAGGUGUUUGAAGUUAUACAAUGAAAAGAUGUCUAUCUUGAAAUUGCCUCUCUCUGAGGAUUCGUUGAAAAUAGCCCAUGAAGAUUCUAGAGAUGCUUCCAUGAAAGUUUUUGAUCAACAGCAUUUCGGCCGUAAUCAUGCUAAGAAAUCAGUUGAUCAAUUGGAUGAAGAAAUUAAGAAGGUGUUUGAGAAUUAUGUAAUGGCAAAUAAAUAUGAAUCAACAAAACUUUGUGAGAUGCUGUAUACAACUUGUGAGGACAAGAUGGACCAGCUUCAGGUGCUCAGACUUCCGUCUAUGGCCAAAUUCAAUGCAGGAUUUCUCAAGUGCAAUGAGAGUUUUGAACAACUGUGUGUUGGACCUUCAAAAGUCAAUUAUGAACAACGGAUGAUGAAGAUGAUGGGAAAGUCGCGUUCUCUAUUUAUUAAGGAAUACAACAACAGACUUUUUAAUUGGUUGGUUGCCUUUUCUUUGGUGAUGGUGGUGGUUGGGCGAUUUAUCAUAAAGUUCUUUUUACUAGAGAUUGGUGCAUGGAUCAUGUUCAUUUUCUUGGAGACAUAUACGAGGAUGUUCUGGUCAGCAGAAUCUCUAUAUUACAAUCCCGCAUGGCAUAUCAUUGUAGGCACUUGGGAAACAGUUGUUUACAGCCCGAUCAUUGAUUUGGACAGGUGGGCAAUUCCCUUGUGUGUUUUCGUGGCUCUAUUUAUACUCUACUGGCGGUGUUAUGGGAGGAAGAAGAACUCCUCUAGGUGGUUGUUACCUUUGUACAACAAUCAAAAAAGUAGUACAAAUCGAUCAAGAACAGAUUAGUUAUACCCAUACUAUGUAUACCGUUAAGAUUCUCUUGAUUUGUUCGUUUGGGUGAGCCUUUGAUUUUUCAUAUAUAGAGCUCUCUCAGUAAACUGGGAUUUUGGGGUGCUUCAUGGACCCUUUAAAUUACCAUAGUGGCAUAGUCUAUAAACAGGUAUCAGGAUCAGACGUUAGGCACUGUCGGCUUCGAUUGUGUUUAUUUCAAUUGUAGCAUACCACCCCAUAUGUAUGAUUAUCAAAAUUAAUGAAAAUGUUCUUUUUGGACUACA